AAAACGCCUCUGGAAACGAUUUCCUACUGCCGGCGAUGUACACAUACCUGGUAAGGACCUUUUUCGCCCGCGCCAAUUCAUAGUAUCGCGAGCACUCGGCACGAAAGGACUUACAACCUAGUCCGCCCCGUUUCGUCAGAGUGACGGUGUGAGCAGAACAGGGUUAAAAAUUUAAGGAUCCAAAAGAAAAAAGUCGGAACCAGUUAUUGCUUUUCGUAACUAGAAACCGCUUUUGCCUUCAACUAUUUUCAUCAUCUAUUCGAGUAUCUUAUUGCAACUUAUGCUGCGCGUGUGACGAGAAAAAAAAAGAAAAUUAGAAAAGUGUGUCAGUGCUCUUGGCUGCGAUAUAGAACGGGAUUAAAUUGCGAUCGGCUUUCGUACGGGUCAAUACGAAAAAGUUUUUCACGUUCGUUGUUGUUGUGGAAAAAGUGCAAUCGAGCAGAAAACGCGACGCUUUGACCUGCAUCUAAAUUUAAGUUCCAAAGUUUUGCUGGGAAGAAAAUUCCGCUCGCGUGUAGUGUGUGCUUGCCGUAGUUAAAAAUAAAAUUCUUGAAACGCAAAUAUAUCAAUCCUCUAAUCAAAUUCACAUCUCCGCGGAAAGCUACCAAAGUGAGAAAUAAUUACAAAAGUGUUCUUAUUAUAGUAAACCUUGUUUAAAAGCUUGCUAUAGAAUCAACUCUAUUGGAGAAUACGCCUUAAUCCAACGUAACAAAGGAAAUUUUAGAAUUUUCAAAAGGAUACAUGCACGUAACAAAGUUUCCCGCACCACUACAUCUUUGAACCAGUCAGCGGAGCUUAUCAGAUCGGGAUACCAGGUCCUGUGAAUCCGCAAGCAAAGUUCCUCAUUCGCAAACUCAAGAACAAAUAUAGACAGUACCGCCACCAAAAUGAAGAAACGCGAUACCGAUUUAUGACUCGUAAAAACCAGAUCGGGUGGCUGUAAAAUAAAGGUGACGACCCGUUGUCUGCCCGCUGCUUCAACUGUAACAACGUACAACCUAGAGCCACCGAUUAUCACACCUCCCCAACCACCUACUCCAACCGAGCACGAAGCGACGGCAGUCACGUUUGAGCUUGGUGCAGGAACAGAAACCGCAUCCACCAUUAAGUACCAUAAGCAGCAACACAUCCACUCCGAAACUGCCACCCGAAUCGAUAAUACCGGCAAUUUGGACCAUACCAACAACAGUCAUCACCAUAGCUCAACCAACGAUUCCGGUAUCGACAUUCACCAUCACGCGAAUCCUGACACAACAGCCACCGUGGACCGACAACCAACAGACUACGUUAGGAAUAAAUCGACCACACGCAGUUGGCCGGUAAUACACCGGAACAACUCGUACCGGUACCAACUCCAACCGUCGGCGUACAACCACCGGCGGCAGCAGUCACAUCAAUAUUAUCAGUAUGAUUACGACGCCCUAACCGGUCUCAACUAUCCUUCAAAUGAUACCAACAACAAUAUCAACUAUAGCACAAACGAAGAUUAUCUAGUCAGUAGCAGUUACGACAAAUCCCCUAGCAUCGAUAGCUAUUAUUAUCAGCACUAUAGGCCCAGUAUGCAACAAUCGACCACCACAAUGACCACAACUGCAGGACAAGGUGGCGCCGCUAUUACUUCCACCGCCCAUCAUCAGACGCAAUCCGGUACCACUUGUUGUAUGAUGCCACCGCCGGUUCUAUUCCUUUUCUUCACCCUGCUGAUGACAUCGAGCGCGACGGCAAUGCUCUGUGCGGCCAUCAUGACCGACCACUGGGAGCACGUGUCCUGGAAUCGGGAGCACCUGGACCGACUGACUAACAAGUCGUCUAUCGAGCUACAGUGGUACCUCGAUGGACGGGCGGCCAAGUUUUCCGUCUCCGAAAUGCACCGGAAGUCCAUCGAUGCCAUGAGUAAGGAACUCAACUCUACUCGGAACGUGUUGAAGUUCAGUAUGCCACCCAUCGACAAACGAGCGAACGUAUUUCUAGUGCCGAUGAACGGUGGCAUCUGGACGCUCUGCAUCGCGCUUACCGCGGAGGAAAUCCGGUCGCUAUCGGGCGAUGGUUUUCCCCAAGUUGAUCAGUGUGUCAACUAUCUUGCCGACAACACCGAUAGCGGCGGACAAAUCAACGAAGAAAAUUCCCGCGCUGAAUGGCAGCACAGUGAGUUCCAGCCCUCAUUACAUCCGCAUUUAAGUAGGGAUGCAGAACCUAUCGAUCUCGUGCUCAUUGGUGUGCCUUAUCAUACUGGGCAGUGCGGCUUUGGUUGGGGCCUUCGGCGUGUGUCAACGACAGAUCAGCGCCGUGUUGGUCACUGGCGUUAUGUACCUGUUGGCCGCACUGUUUGCCCUUUUCACCCUUAUGAUAAUACACUUCAAGCGGCAGCAAGGACGUCCACUGACGGAUAUCGACUAUGGCGUCUCUAUCGACGGGGUGGUCGCCGUCAAACCAGACUACAUGUACGCACAACCAUUGCUGAAUGCACGGGUCAUCGUCACCGCCUGGAGCCUCAACCUCGGUUGGGGUGGGGUGGUCCUUUGUGCGUUCACUUCGUUCCUCUGGAUAUUGCUAUCCAAGAUCAUGAGAUUCAACCCACUGUCGGCAAUGAUUUGAUGAUUCAAAAUAAAAUUCAACAAAGUGGCCGUUUACAACGUGACGUGAAUCGGAUUGUGGUUAUUAUAAAUCGUACAAUCUAGCUAAAAUCCAUUAUUGCGUUUGAAGCGUUUGUUUCCGCUUAUUCAACUCUAGGCAUUUUAGAACAAAACAAAUUAAGUUCUCUCAACCCAUCAGUAUCAGUAGAGGCCUACCCUAUUUACAACUGUCACCUAAUACAUAUUGAAAAAUACCCAUCUAGAACGAAUUCCGUACCACCUCUUAGAGCAUAACAUAAAUACCCAAGAAUUGCGAGCGAUUUCUCUCCCCUUUAGAUCAAAUCAAAACCAGAAGACUUUUAUCGCUUCACAAUAGAAGAUCAAUUACUUACAACACUAUUUGAGGAAGCUCAUCUCGAAACCGCUUUCGAUUUCAAACGAAUAUCUAAUAUACACACAUGCUUUUUGCAGAAUCGUAUAAAAUCAAAAAAAAAGAAAUUAAAAACUAAACGCAAGGUUCGACUUUAUUGCAAUGCUUUCAUUGCUAGAUUUUUCUAUUCUACAUUUUUAUUCCUUUUCCAAGCAUCAUCCCCAGAAAAAAAAGAUAUCGAUGAACGAAAAAGUAAUAUUUAUCACAAAAAUACAUCAUCAAUGAAAUGUCAUCAACACACAAACUACAGACAAGAGACACAGCCAGAUUCCACUAAGCCGCGUUAUAUCAACUUUAUUCGGCACAAGCUCUAAUACUGUAGGUCGAGUAUAAUAUAUUUUAUGUAAAUGCUUUGCCUUAACAAAACUGAAACAGAAUGCAUACAGAUUCACUAUACACAAAUAAAAGGACAGAAUACUAUCAGAGA